AUACUCAUAUUUGUUUCUUUUUUGAUGUUCUUUUAGAAUUUUGAGCUCAUCUUUGGGAGGGUUUAAAUUUGGUAACUUUCUGUUUCACAAGUUAUCAUACAAAUCACAAAUGGGGCGAGGAAAGAUCGAAGUGAAGCGAAUUGAAAACAAUACGAGCAGGCAAGUGACGUUUUCAAAGAGGCGAACCGGUCUUAUAAAGAAGACCCAUGAGUUAUCUGUGCUUUGUGAUGCUCAGAUUGGUCUUAUUGUGUUCUCUAGCAAAGGGAAACUCUAUGAAUCUGAUUUUAACUUUUGCUCCAAACAUUACAGCAUGAGUCAAAUGAUAGACAAGUACUUGAAAGCAACUGGAUCUCGUAUUACUCAUCAAAACAACCAGGAACAAAUGCGUAAUGAGUUGACAAGAAUGAAGAAGGAGACACUGAACCUUCAAUUAAGUCUCCAACGGUACAAAGGUGAUGAUCUGAGCUCAGCACAGAUUGAGGAGCUUAAUCAACUUGAGCAACAAUUGGAAUUUUCUGUUCAGAAGGUCCGUGCUAGAAAGUUGCAACUUCUUCAACAACAGGUGGACAAUCUUCAACGCACGGAAAAGGUGUUAGAGAAGGAAAAUGAAGAGAUGUAUCAGUGGUUGAUGGGCAAACAACAGGAAGAGAUCAACCAGCAACAAGUAGCAGCAAUGACUGAGCUGAAGCUUGUUGGACAAGAACAGCAACUAUUUGAACAGUUUCCAUUUUUUGGAUCCGAAGAACCGCCCAAUAGUGUUCUACAACUUGCUGCAAGUCUCCCUCAGCUUCAACUGCAAUCGUACCCGUAUCACCUCCAGCCCAUGCAACCCAACCUUCAAGAAUCAACUAGCGCACAACAAAACAUCUUCGGUACGUUCAAAUGUUUUAACAUGUUAAUAUUUGUAGAUUACUAG